ACCAGACCAGAGACCAGGGAUGCUCAAUUGCUAUUGCUACAGAGUGUAAUUCUCCUCGGGCUUCUUGCUUCCCCGACCAAGCCCAACACAGCUACAUAAGGACAGAAGGAAAAGAGGAUUCAUUCAGCGGAAAGUAACAGCAGUCUUCCAAGUUCAACUUCCGCAGUAUCUUCUACCUUCUUCCAAGCCCUUCGAUUCGAGGUUUUCUUCGGUAUCAGCUUCUAGUUUGGAUAGCGUGAGCCAACUUAGGUUUUUAUACUAAAUCGCGCAUUCGGUGUCGAGAGAGUCAUGUCGAUUGCUGGUUCUAUUUGGAUUCCAUGGAUCCCCGCCCGUGACGGCGAGCCUGACGAGACAUGUCAGGGGUAUGAGAUCAACCAAGUGCCAGAUUUGGAGCCAGCAUCUCCACAGCGCACGAGAUUUACAGUAUUCACAAGACUUCCGUCCACUCCAGAGGACUUACACGCUCUCACGAACAAGAAGCUUGCUCGUUCAGCUUCACCUUUCAGGACUGAAUCGCUCAAGCGAGUGAAACGCGAUGCCAGAAGCGAGCCACGCGCGACCAACAGUGUUUUGGACAGUUUCACGCCUUAUUCGACGCCACCAGCGUGUAUAGAACGCAAGAGUCCCACAUGUCCAGACGCACCCUACAAGGCACGGACACGGAGCAUCUUCAACCUGAACCAGACAUCGCCGACUGUCACGAGCAUUCAGCAUCCCCGGUGGUAACACCCACCUUACACCUGCAGAUCUUCAACGCAGGAACCAGAUUCAAAUGGCAUUCUUGACAGCAAUUCCUCGGAGCUUACCAUCUUGAACCACUGACAUUCCUUUUUCCAUUUCACCCUUUUCUCUUGGGGUCGGUGGAGGACGCGGCAUGCUUCAAAUGGUUGGCGUAAGUUGCAGCAGAAGCUGCUCACAUAUGUACAGUACCUGACAUGGGUGGGGGACUCCAGUGAUCACUGUGUCCACACUUAUGUAUUGCACCCAUCCGUGUACUCUUAUUCAUACCACAACUGGAAUUUACCAUAUUAACUCCUGGAAUUUUAUGUAAUUGCUGGUA